UCUUUCCUCAAAUCAAAUCUUCAUUUUCGAUAGCCCUUCAAUGCCACCUUCUUCCUCCCCAUUGCUAUCCCCAGCAAGCCCACUGGUUUCUUCUUCCCCUCUGGUCCCUGCACUCUUCAUUAUCGGCGACUCAACCGUCGACUGUGGCAACAACAACUAUCUUGGCACCUUUGCUCGGGCCGAUCGCCCUCCUUAUGGCCGUGAUUUCGAUACUCAUCUCCCCACUGGACGCUUCUCCAAUGGAAGAAUCCCCGUUGAUUACCUCGCAUUGUAUCUCGGGCUUCCGUUCGUGCCAAGUUAUCUUGGACAAACUGGAGAAAUGGAGGAUAUGCUUCAUGGAGUCAAUUAUGCAUCUGCUGCUGGUGGUGUUAUUUUCUCUAGCGGAUCAGAGUUGGGCCAGCACAUCUCAUUCACCCACCAAAUUCAGCAGUUUGGUGAUACUUAUCAGCAGUUCGUUUUAGGCCUGGGUGAGGAUGUAGCCAUCGAUCUAAUCUCGAGUUCGGUUCUUUACAUUUCGAUCGGGAUAAACGACUAUAUACAUUACUAUUUGCGUAAUGUAUCAAAUGUGCAAAAUUUGUACCUCCCUUGGGGCUUCAACAAGUUCUUAGCGUCCACAAUGAGGCAGGAAAUAAAGAACUUGUACAACAUUAAUGUCAGGAGAUUCGUCAUAAUGGGGUUACCGCCGAUUGGCUGUGCUCCGUACUACUUGCAGCGGUACAAGAGCAACAAUGGGGAAUGUGUUGAAGAGAUAAAUGAUAUGAUCAUGGAGUUCAACUUUUUCAUGAGAUACAUGAUUGAUGAGCUUCUUCAUGAGCUCCCUGAUGCUGGCAUAAUUUUCUGUGAUGUGUUUCAAGGUUCCAUGGAUAUAAUUCAGAACCAUAAGAGUUACGGUUUUGAAGAAACCGCCAAUGCUUGCUGUGGGUUAGGGAGAUAUAACGGAUGGAUCAUGUGCAUGUCGACACAAAUGGUGUGCCGUAAUGCUUCGGGUCACAUCUGGUGGGAUCAGUUCCAUCCCACUGAUGCAGUGAAUGCCAUCCUAGCAGACAAUGUGUGGAGCAGCCGCCACACUGAAAUGUGCUAUCCUAUGAACCUGAAAAAAAUGGUCUUUAGCCAAAACCUGAACAACCUCGUAUAAAAUCUUCGAUGAUGCUCGGAAAACAUUCAAUUCCGCUGCUAGCUGCCAGAAUUUAUUACCAACAAACAAAGAUCGAAACUAGGAUACAUUACAGUCUGAAUGAGAGAGAUUUGUUACCAGAACUGUAGAGCUAUGAUACUGCUUCAACGGCGGCAAAGCAGUAUGUUUCAUUCAUGUAUGUAAAAUAGAUUA